AUUCGUGGGGUUCGGACGUGGGUGUUACUGUUUCAGAGUGCGUGUUUCGUGCCGGUUUGUUUGCGGAGUUUCCAUCAUAUCCAUCCAUCAGCUCCCUUUCGGUCCACACCAUCUCCGCCGGAGGAGGGAUGAUGCACUCGUGUUCGCGUUCGGGCAGAUGAAUUAAUUGUGGAAAAUUGUUAAAUUCCAGCUCGUUGAAGCGGCCACAAAUCCAAUUAAGCAUAUACACCAUUUGCGGAGAGUUUGUGCAUAAUAGAGUAAUUAAGUUUUCAUAGAAAAGGGUUUUUGACACCGCACACGCCGCAGUAACUUGGGUGAAAAGAGCAGCAGCAUCAAAAUUGAUUGCUUUCACAUGGACACGAACUCGGUGAGCCCCCUGCCGCCGAUGGAGGAGGCCAUGGACAGGGUCAGCGAGAAGUCGCCCCCGGGAACUCCCAAUGGCAUCGAGAUGCCCCCGCCGCCAGAUGAAAAACGCUAUGAGGAGGAUCCGGACAAUGCCUGGAACUGCUGCUCCUGGUGCGAGUACUUGCUGAUCGUCAUCCUGUCCACCAUCCUGCUGGUGGGCGUCCUCGUACUGACCCUCUUCUGGGUGAUGUUCUACCGGGAUGGCUUCGCCUGGUCGGAGAGUCCCAAGCAGCAGUUCAACCUGCAUCCCAUUCUGAUGAUAGCUGGCUUCGUAACGCUCUCCGGAUUUUCCAUCUUGAUCUACCGUUUGUGCCGGUGCGUGAAGCACAUCUAUGUGAAGCUGAUCCACAUGUUCUUCCACGCCGUCGCCAUUCCGUGCAUCGCCCUGGGUUUCCUAUCCGUCUUCGAUUCCCACGAGGCGUUGCAAAAGGUCAACUUCUACAGCCUCCACUCGUGGCUGGGCUUCGUGACAAUGGGCAUGUUCGUGCUCCAGUUUGUGAUCGGCUUCUUCAGUUUUCUGGUGAUGUUGUGCUGUGAGAACAAGACCUACAGCUGCCGAUCCGCCAUGGUGCCCAUCCACGCCAGUUUGGGACUGGCCAACUUCUGGCUCGCCAUUGCCACAUCCGUCACGGGAUUGAUCGAGAAAGAGCGCGAAACCGUCAAUGAGACGGGCGUGAGCCAGGAGAACAAGCUCAUCGAGCACUAUAUCACCAGUGCCAUCGGCGUCACCCUGAUCUUCAUUGGCAUUAUCGUGACUUUUGCGGUUCGGCGAUCCAAUGCUCCCGCCUCCGCGAAGGUUUACGUGACGGAGCGCAUUUAGACGGGCCGCCCGGCUCGUCGGAGUCUCCGUCGUCGGAUUUGGUCCACGGCCAGGACGGGAAGCGAGUCGCAACGGGUGUAUCCGAGCAUCCCGGAUCUCGGUGACAUGGACUGGACUUAGGGAAACGGGAACUGAAUCGCAUCCACGGUGUCCUUUCGCCAGGCUUAGCGCACAGAGACCACGCUUCUACAUCUCUAUCCGAAUCUAUCCGAACCCUUUGUAACCUUUUAUAUGCCAAAUUAAACCCUCUUCAUACACUUAGACUACGCUAAUCAAAAUCUUUGCCCACUUUCAACUUCUCAGUAGAUGUGUAGGAUUAGGAAUCUCAGAAGAAAAGAGCCGACCAAGCAAGCAAAUCUAAUCAAAAUUGACGUGUUCAGCCGAACUAACUGAUGCAUUGAGGCACCCACAAGCUGAUUAGCCAGUUUUUUGGUACUAUAGUAGAAUUUUGAUAUAAGCCCAUGUAACUAGUGUAUGUACCGUACCAUGUAACGCAUUCAAUGUACGCACUCGGACUCAAAACUGUCGCAUUUGAUGUUUUUUUGUAAUCGUGCAAGUAUUUGUAUUUCAUAAUGCGCUAAGCAACGUAAGCUGUAAACCAAUUUUACAAACAAAUAAUAAACGAUAAUUUUGCCCUGCCCGAGGGGUCUC